AUGGGCUUUUAUAAAUUCUUUCUUCGGGGCACUUUACAUCUUCCAAUUGACAUUUUGGAAUUGAUUUUCGGCUAUACUCCUACCACUCAUUUGUGGGCGUAUAGUAAUAUUCCAAUUAUCAACGAGCAUCCCAUUAGAGCUUUAAAUGUCAGGAAAGUUCAGAUUACCGUCGGUAAAGACUUGUACAAACUUGUUGCUCAUGAUUACAAAAUUGGAGAACAGUGGGGAAUGAUUCCUACCGGUGAUGAAACAUUGUUGGGACGGUUCAGUGAUCAUGAAAAGGUUGUCCUAUCCAACUUACCAAACUUGACUCGUGUUAAAAUUGACUCAAGGGAUAAACAGCUAAAAUCAUUUGAAUGUGAAUUGCCACAGAACGUAAGAGCCUUGGGUUGGCGAUAUGAUGAAUUAAAUUCUUUAAAAAUAAAGCAACCCAAGUUGAGCUUGGCUAACUUGUCUUUGAAUAAUAUUAGGUCAUUAGGAGAACUCGAUUUACCAGAUUCAGUUCAGGAGGUGGCUUUGAGUAUGCAGCGGUUGGCAUAUGGAACAAGUGAAGGACGGGCAUAUGAGAAUAGGCUACCUGUCGAUCUAAAGCGUCUUGAUCUCUCCGCUAAUAACAUGGACACGCAAUCAUUCAAUAAGUUGAACUUGAAAAGAUUUCGUCAAUGUAUCUGCUAA